CAACAUAAGACUGAACGGUUCCAAUUUACGUAAGCUGAUUUCAAACCAAAGCGGACCCAGAAACUGUUAAUGCAAAGUGGAAAGGUACACUUGAGGCUAGUAAUGUCAGGACUGUGUAGUGAAUGCACAAUUCUUCUGACUUGAGAGAGUUGAGUUUCAACAAUAAAAUUUAUGUCACAUAACACAUAAUUCUGUUGUGUAGUUCUUGAUAUGAAUCCCCCAAGUGUUGGAACCUUGAUGAUGGAGCAACAAGCCUUGUUUCUGUCUUCAUGUUUGAUGUUCUUUGUCUUGGCUUUUCUGUAUAUAUGGUUGUCAGCCAGCAAAACAUCUAGCAAAAAUCUGCCACCGUCUCCUGGGAAGUUACCGAUAAUUGGUAAUCUUCAUCAGGUCAAUCAAGAUCCCCACAUAGCACUAAGAUCUUUGGCUAGAAAAUAUGGUCCUGUCAUGCAGCUUCAGUUUGGAAGUGUGCCUGUUCUUGUUGUGUCUUCAGCUGAUGCAGCUAAGGAGAUUAUGAAAACGCAUGAUCUUGCUUUCGCGAACAGGCCUAAGUCUAGUAUCUGGGAUAGGAUCUUCUAUAAUGGUAAGGACGUGGUAUUUGCUCCGUAUAGUGAAUAUUGGAGACAGGUCAAAAGUAUUUGUGUUCUUCAGCUGCUGAGUAACAAAAGGGUUAGAUCAUUUCAGACAGUUAGAGAAGAAGAGGUAGCCCUUUUAGUGGAAAAUAUUAGAGAAUCUGGCUCAAAAGCAGUGAAUUUGAGUGAGUUGUUUUACGCGCUUCUGAGUAAUGUUGUUUCCAGGAUUGCCUUGGGGAGGAAAUAUGCUAUUACUACUGAAGGUGGUAAAGGAAAUUCAUUUAAGGAGCUGUUUCAGAAUAUAGCUCAGUUAAUAGGUUAUUUCAGUGUUGGUGAUUAUAUUCCAUGGCUGUUCUGGAUUGAUUCUGUAAGCGGUCUAAAGGGAAGGGUGGAGAAAGCAGCUAGCGAGGCUGAUUUGUUUCUUGAAAGUGUUAUUAAAGAUCACAGUAUUGCAUUGGAUAACGGAGCUUCUAGCGACGAUCUGUUAUACAAUUUGCUGGAGAUUCAGAAACAGGAAACUAAUUCUGCCUUUUCUAUUGACAAGGAUUCCAUAAAAGGCGUAAUCUUGAAUAUGUUCUUUGAUGGAACUGAUACGACAUCUGCAGUAUUGGAGUGGACUAUGGCAGCGUUGAUUAAACAUCCAGAUGUCAUGUGUAAAUUGAAGAAUGAGGUGAGAGAGAUAGGAAGGGGAAAAUCAAGGAUAAAUGGGGAUGAUUUAGAGAAUAUGCACUACUUGAAAGCAGUGGUUAAGGAGAGUAUGCGACUUUAUACUCCAGUUCCGCUACUAGUUGCCAGAGAAGCAAUGCAGGAUGUGAAGGUGAUGGGAUACGACGUAAAAGCUGGGACACAAGUACUGAUUAAUGCUUGGGCAAUUGCAACAGACCCUGCUAUGUGGGAUAACCCAGAGGAAUUUAUCCCUGAGAGAUUCUUGAAUAAUCCUGUGGAUUAUAAAGGUCUGCACUUUGAGUUCAUUCCAUUUGGAGCAGGGCGGAGGGGCUGCCCUGGAAUCCAAUAUGCCAUGGCCAUCAAUGAGCUAGCAGUAGCAAACUUGGUGCACAUAUUUGAUUUUGCAUUGCCUGAUGGAAGAAGAUUGGAAGAUCUGGACCUGACUUCAGAGACAGGUAUGACUCUUCAUAAAAAGUCUCCUCUUCUGGUGAUUGCAACAUCACGAGUCUAGUUACCACUAUUAUCCCUACAAAAGACCUAAAAGUUCCUGUUUGUCGAUCUCUUGGUCAUUUAGGGCACUGGUGAUCUGAAUUGCUAAGACAGUUAAUUUGUAGUAGUGUCGUGAUUGUGAUUUGUAAUAAAUGCGAAACUAUUGUUUGU